AUGUUGGCUUCCCUCCUCCACGCCUCCAGUGCCCGGCCGCAAGGCUCAUGGGCUUCAGUCUUUGUUGCAGCACUGGCCUCAACAUCCCUUGUCUCAGCUAGGGCGUUGCCUCGCUCGGAUAAUUCAAGUGAUGCUGUCCCAGCCUACCGCAACCCCACCCUCUGCGUGGACGAGCGCCUGGAUGACUUGCUCGAGCGGAUGACGCUGGAAGAAAAGGUCGGCCAGCUGUUCAUCAAGCAAAUCCCCAUGGGCGCCAACGGCACCAUCGACACGACAACCUUCACCGACAACUACACCACAGGCGGCCUCAUCAGCGAGAAGCUUAUGACGCACUUCAACAUCGUGUCCAGCGGCAAGCCUAGCGAACUUGCCAACUGGCACAACGCCAUUCAGGAGCUUGCUCUGCAGACCCGGCUCGGAAUUCCCAUCACUGUUGCCACGGACCCUCGUCACUCGUUCGCCGAGACAGCCGGUUCCGCCGUCGGCGUCGGCUCGUUCUCGCAGUGGCCUGAGACACUGGGCUUGGCCGCGCUGCGUAGUCCAGAGAUGGUGCAGCGCUUCGCAGAGAUUGCACGCGAGGAGUACAUGGCCGUCGGCAUCCGUGAGGCGCUGAGCCCGCAGAUCGAUGUGACGACGGAGCCGCGGUGGGCGCGUACGGGACAGACGUACGGCGAGGACGCGAAUCUGACCAGCUCGCUCGUCGUUGCAUACCUCAAGGGCUUCCAGGGUGAGACUCUUGGCCACCACUCCGUCACGACCGUCACCAAGCACUUCCCCGGCGGCGGCCCUGGCCUGAAGGGCAACGACUCGCAUUUCCCCACGGGCAAGAACAACGUCUACCCCGGCGGCUACCUGGACUACCACCUGCAGCCGUUCAAGGCCGCCAUCGCCGCCGGCGCCAGGCAGAUGAUGCCCGCGUAUUCCCGGCCGAUCGGAACCAAGUACGAGGAGGUCGGCAUGGGCUUCAACAAGGGCAUCGUCACGGACCUGCUGCGCAACGAGCUCGGCUUCGACGGCAUCGUGGUCAGCGACUGGGGCCUCGUCACGGACUUUGUGGCCCGCGGCGAGGAGAUGGAGGCCAUCUCGUGGGGCGUCGAGGACCUGAGCGAGCUGGCCAAGGUCGAGAAGAUCCUCAACGCCGGCGUCGACCAGCUGGGCGGCGAGAUCCGCACCGAGCUCGUCAUCCAGCUCGUCAACGAGGGCGCCAUCCCGGAGUCGCGCAUCGACGAGUCGGCGCGCCGCCUGCUGAAGGAGAAGUUCCUGCUCGGCCUCUUCGACAACCCCUUCGUCGACCCCGAGUCCGCCGACCGCGUCGUCGGCAACGACUACUUCCGCCGCGUCGGCAACGAGACCCAGCGCCGCGCCUACACGCUCCUCAAGAACCCCGACGACCUCCUGCCCCUGCCGCUCGACACGGCGACCAAGUUCUACGUCAGCGGCCUCAACGCGUCCUACCUCCUCGACCGCAACCUCACCGUCGUCGACUCGCCCGAGGAGGCCGACUUCGCCUUCCUCCGCCUGUCUACCCCCUACGAGGCCCGCGGCGGCGGCUUCGAGCGCAACUACCACCAGGGCCGCCUGGACUUCAACGAGACGGAGAAGGCGCGCCACGCCGCCAUCAUGGCCGCCGCGCCCACCAUCGUCGACAUCUACCUGGACCGCCCGGCCGUCAUCCCCGAGCUGGCCGAGGGCUCUGCGGCGCUGAUGGGCAACUACGGCGCCAGCACGGAUGCUUUCUUGGAUAUCGUGUUCGGCACUGAUGGCUGGAAGCCUGAGGGCAAGCUGCCGUUUGACCUGCCCAGGUCUAUGGAGGCGGUUGACAAGCAGUUGGAGGAUGUGCCGUUCGAUACCGAGAACCCUGUCUACAAGUACGGCCACGGGCUGAGCUACGCCGAGAAGUGUUAA